UAAAAUAAUACCGCGGCGUGGUCACCGCGUGUGCACGUAUUUCUAGUUUCUUGAGAUGUCAAUGACAUGACAUUGACCUUAGUAGCUUCAUUAAAAAGCAGACGGUCGCUUUGAAAAGACGACAAUUUUGUAAAAUUAUUGUGGUGAUAUUUGUAAAAUAAUCUUUACAUACCAAUAAAUUACUGAUAAAUAUUUAUUAAGUCUAGUGUUGUGUGUAAAAUAGCUACAUAGCCAAAGGUACUCAGCGCAGCUGCAAGCUAAUUUCAACUUAACGUCUUGCAGAUAGAGUAUCGAUUUCAAAAACGGUUUUGGCAGAGUGAAACUUCUGUACUAACAAGUUUGGGCGUAUUUGUAUCGCCCAUAGGAUUUAUCUACUCUGGAUGGAUCUUAUAUACUCCAUCUCCACUUAUUACAAAUUUUCUCAUGGAAUUUCAUUUAGCUAAAUCGCUUCAGGAGAUGCAGCGUAAAGGAGGAACAAACAUACACACUUGCACACAAACGUUCGCCUUUAUAUUAUUAAUGUGAUGUGAAGUGUGAUGUGAUAGAUGCCGCUAACUAAAAAGUGUCACAGCUGCCAUCUGGUGACAUUGCUCUUCGUAUUUGUAAAAGCAACACCAAAAUGUGGGAUUACAAACGAGACAACAGAAUACCACGUGACGUGUACUCCGACGGACAACUACAAUUACAACCUUCAAAGGGGCCUCGUAUCCGAUAACAAUGAUACUACAAAAUUAACACUUCGCGCAUGCAGAAUUGGCGAAGUAGACUUCGAAGCAUUCGAAAAUCUAUACUCCCUGAAAUACCUCGAUGUCUCACAAAAUAAAAUCUCCGAACUCAAAUUGGGAGUUCUCGACGGCAUGUCAGAACUGAAUCACCUAAAUUUAUCGCAUAAUUUGUUAACGGGAUUCCCGCUCGGUCUCUUCGAUCAAAUGCCCAAAUUGAAUGAUCUAGAUUUAAGUGGAAACAAAAUAAGAACACUAGAGUUAGGUAUAUUCGAUACACUAGUGCAAUUAAAUUGGAUAGAUUUGUCAAAUAAUGCGUUGAAUGGUAAAGAUUUAACUCCAUACGUUUUUGAUCAGAGCACAAGAAUAACAUACAUUAGUUACGAGAGGAAUAACAUGAAUGGUGCACCGGCGAAUUUACUGCAUGCGUUUGAAGAUUUGAGAACUUUAAAUUUAGAUAGGUGCUUACUAAGAGACGUGCCCGAGUUCAUUAGAGCAAGUAACCUUAAAACUUUACGAGAACUGAUAUUAUCUACUAAUCAAUUUAAAAAAAUUGACGACGCUUCAACCCUUAUAUAUCUAGAUAAUCUAAAUACGCUUGAUUUAUCUGAUAACAUUAUAGAAACCAUUGAUCCAAACUCAAUCAAACCACUAAAAAAGCUUAAAGUUAUAAUUUUACGGAGGAAUAAAAUCACAACAUUGCCUGAUACACUUUUCAAGGAUAUGAAAAGUUUAGCCAACAUAGAUUUGUCUCACAAUCAAAUAGAAAGCGUACCAGUGAAUGCUUUUAGAGGGACAUCUUUGAAAAACUUGAAUUUAGCCAGCAAUCGUUUUACUUAUUUGACUGACAACUUUUGCUUGGAGCUGAGAAAUUCUGGAGCAAUGCUUACGAAAUUCUAUUUCAACCAAAAUCCAUGGCAAUGCGGAUGUCUUAGAAAUUUACUAGAUGAAGUAAAGAAAUUUAAUAUAGCAUAUAAUGGAGUAAUGUAUGAUGGAAAACAUCCAAUAUGUGUGACGACAAAUGAAGUAUUCUGCAAAAGACAUGAUACAUUCAACAGCCUUUAUACGGAACUGUAUGAUAGAUUAGUUUUGGGAUUAAAAAUAUAUUGAAAAAUAAAUUCAUGGUAAGUAACAGAAAUACCUAUAUUAUGAUCAACAGUUGACAAAGUCGGUUGAGACGACAAUUGAUUGUUUUUGUUUUACUUAAUGUCAAGUUAUCCUUUGAUGUUAAAUGACGAUGCAAUCCAGUACGGAACAGGCAUGGUUUUUUUUUAUUCUCUGCAAGUUAGCCCUUGACUACAAUUUCAACCGAUAGUAAGUGAUGAUGCAAUCUAAGAUGAAAACUGGUUAACUUGUUAUCUCGGUUUCUACACGACAUUACCGGAACGCUAAAUCGCUUGGCGGUACGUCUUUGCCGGUAGGGUUGUAACUAGCCACGGCCGAACCCACCUGCCAGUUCUUUAUUUAAAUACAACUUAUGGUAUCAAAAAUAAUAACGAAGAAACAUAACAAUUUGCAAUUGAUUUCUUUGCUCUCAAUUCUCAUAAAAGUUUAGCUCAUCGCCAGAAUAAAUCUCACAUCAUUCUUAUUGCUCAUUGACAGAAGUCUCACAUCAUUCUUAUGAUUCAGCUCAACUGUACUACUUAGACCUACUUAAAGUUAUGUCAUCUCUUUUUUUGCCCGCAAAGAAACGUUUGAGGCAUGUUUAUUGUUGGCUAUUAAGUCCAUAACAACGACUGGCAGCUCGUAAAUUACUCCCAGCCGCAAAUUUCACUGCGCUUUAUGAAUUUAUUAUAUGCUGUUCGCCAUUCCGAUGAAAUUUCUAAGUCGUUAUUAGAAGGGAGAAACAAUCCUUAUUUAUAAAUUUAGCGUUGGUGAAAUAACUUUUACAACAAAAAACGUAGAAACUGAUGCCGACGGUUUUUUUGACGUCGACACAUGUGCUCAGAAUUUUUUUUCCUUUCUGAUUUCGCUAUGUUGUAAGUUACACUUAGAGUUAACAAAGGUUGUAAGUGUAAGUGUAAAUUAUAACACUUACAAAAUAGCUAUAAAAUGUUUGUGCCUAAAAAAACACAACGUAAUGGGGAUGAUGACUAAGUUAGGACUAUAUUGAUUUUUAUGAGACAUUUGGGUAAAUAUAAAUAAACAUAACUGGAUGUAUGCAAAAUAAAAAAUAUUAUAAAAUUUCAAAAUCUACUAAAA